AUGCCAAUAUCCCGAGAAAUUAUCAAUAUCCAGGUUGGACAAGCUGGCAAUCAGGUUGGCGAAGCCUUCUGGCAAAUGCUCCUCGCUGAGCAUGGGAUGGACAACUCGGGGACGUACACUGGCACGGACCCCCUUCAACUCCAACGGGCUGGGACAUACUUUACGGAGGUGACAGGUACAUCGGGAACUGCCACGCGUUUUGUGCCUCGCAGUGUGCAGGUUGAUCUGGAGGCGGGCGUAUGCAACAAGCUCCGGUCAGGCGUCCUUGGAAGCUUGUUCCGCCCCGAUACGUAUUUAACGUCAGAGUCUGGUGCUGGGAACAAUUGGGCGAAGGGAUAUUACACCGAAGGCGCGGAGCUCGUCGAUUCUAUUCUCGAUAUCGUACGCCGACAAGCGGAAGGAUGUGAUGCCCUCCAAGGAUUCCAGAUCCUCCACUCUCUCGGAGGUGGAACUGGUGCUGGGCUUGGUAGUUUGAUGCUCAGCAAGUUGCGAGAAGAAUUCCCGGACCGCAUGAUGGCGACGUUCUCAAUCUUGCCUUCGCCCAAGGUCUCGGAGACAGUUGUUGAGCCGUAUAAUGCCAUGCUUUCGGUUCAUCAACUCGUAGACAGCAGCGAUCUUACAAUCUGCAUUGACAACGAAGCUCUAUAUGAUAUUUGCACCAGAACGUUGAAAAUACCUGCCCCGAAUUUCGAGAAUCUGAACGAUUUGAUCGCCCGCGUCAUGUGUGGUGUUAGCACCAGUCUGCGGUUCCCUGGCCAGCUCAACGGCGACCUGCGGAAGCUUGGAAUGAACUUGAUUCCAUUCCCCCGCCUGCACUUCCUCAUGCCUAGCUACGCACCUUUUUAUGAUCCCAAAGCAAAGCAUUUCGAGAAGAAUUCUGUUCCUGAGUUGACCAAGGCGCUGUUCGACCGCAAGAAUCUCCUCGUCGCUUGUGAUCCUCGUUUUGGUCGUUACUUGACUGCCGCUACCAUUUUUCGCGGAGACAUUUCUUCCCGAGAAGCUGAAGUCGCCGUGCAUGACCUCCAGCUGAAGAACUCGCAGCAUUUCGUGGAGUGGAUUCCUGACAACGUUUCGGUGUCGCUUGUCAGUGUCCCUCCUGUGGGCCAGACUCAGUCCGCCACUGCCCUCUCCAACUCGACAGCCAUCCAAGAACUUUUUACGAGGACUCUCGAGAGCUUCUCCGCCAUGUUCAAGAGGAAGGCCUUCCUGCACUGGUACACAGGGGAAGGAAUGGAUAUCAUGGAGUUCUCUGAAGCCGAGAACAACACGCGUGACUUAAUCUCAGAGUAUCAACAGUACCAGGAGGCCACGGUUGAAGAGGAAGAAUUCGGAGAGGAAGAGGAGGCCGCCGAAGAGCAAUAA